CACUUAUCAUCAGUUGCUCGAUCCAGCCGCUGCCAUCCGCUUUGUAUUUCGUCCCAUCAGACAAGAAAGUAAGACUCGUUGCUGAGAUGAAGUUCACCGCUGCCAUCAUGCUCGUCGCACUCCUUACAGCUUUCGUGGUGAUGAUCACUGCAGCCGGUGAGAGAAAUGACGAGGCGCGUACGGGAAGUGGGUAUGGCUCUGGAUGCCCUGACCCCAGUGCCUGCACCACAAGCUGCAAAGCCCAGGGUUUCCUCUUGGGCGUAUGCCUCCAACCUCUACUGCAAGUCUGUCUGUGUUCCCUGGAAGCUCUCACCUACUCAACACAUUCCAAUGGUCAUCUGUCCGCAGACUGGGUGUAUCAAAGUACCAUUACAAAGUCGAAUAAACAACGCUUGGGAGAUGUAUGACAGGAUGUUGCUUAUAUUCAGAGGACAUUACUAAAAACUAAAGGAUGAAGGGAUCUAUAAAAAAAUCUGUGUAAAUAAAUUUUUUUUACAAGUA